AUGCUUCGAUCGACAUGUAUCCGUGCGGCGCGUGCGCAUACACCCAUGAUCCGUUUCCCGGAUCGUCGUGCUCCUAAAGAAAAGCAUGAGCCUAAGCCUCAUCCCGAUGCGCCGUCUGAGAUUGCCAAGGACUUUGAUCGAUUCCGCCAGGUGCUUGAGUCGGGUCCUCACUUUGAUGCCUCGAAGCUGAAGCCGUUCAGCUUGCACCAAGGCAAGAGCUCGAGCUCGAGCUCGAGCUCGUCGUCGUCGUCGUCGUCCUCGGCGAACGUGAGCGACAGCGUGUACGACUUGCCACCCCGUUUCUGGAACACACCUGCUCUGCAAUGGAGUGAGGCGGAGAUGGCCGCUGUGCAGUCUGGUGGCGCUUCGAUGCUCGACUAA